AGCAGCGGCCGCGGCGGCGCCUGUGUUGGCCGUGGUACCGACGAUCGUCUCUGUGUGCGCCGAAAGCUGCUUUACGUAUUUUGCGUGUUCGCGUUGCGUUGUGAACAGAGUAAGAAAACAGUGGUCCAGUUUCGCUGUCAGCUCCUGUCAAAUCGGCGGUGUGAGCAGUGACAGAACAUCUCCGGAUAUGGUGCAGCGGAAAGUAAACCCGCUACGGCGGAUCCCAGAACAGUGACGUACCGUGCGAUUGUGUGCUACAUGGCGAAAGCUCGCUUCACACAACGACGAUCAGCUCCGUGCCGAAGUCUCCAGGUCCCGUCGACCCUAUGACCAUUAACCGAUACAAAAAAGCUUGCAGCAACGCGGCCAACCACGUGGUUCACCGUGUCCAUGCAGGAUGAGACAGCGUAAGGGCUUCGCGGCACCCUGCAACGGGACGGCAGCGAGGAGCAAGGGCCUGCAGCUGCGCGCCGCUUGCCGAUCAUGGCCAUGAGCUCGCUUCUGCAGCCAGCGGCAACUACCGGUGAUGGCCUCGGCUUCAACCGGCGCAGGUUCCUCUGCCGGGAGUGGGCAUUUUCCAAGCUGGUCCACUGCCUUGACCAGCGACCCGCGUCUAAGACAUGUGGUGCGCUUGUGGUUGGUGGGCCGGGCUGUGGCAAGACGGCCUUUUUCCAGGAGAUUGCACAACCCACAGUGGCCGACCCAGAGGUGCACCAGCAUGUGCUUAGCCGGCGCCUGCUGGCGCACCACUUUUGCCAGGCUCAUGACACACGCACCCUGGCCGUGGCCUCGUUUGUGCUGGGCCUAGUGCGUCAGCUGUGCCGGUGUGAACAAGCAGGCCUGCUGGAUGGUUACCGGGACCGGCUGCGUGAGGCUGAAGCUGCCCUUGAGCCUGCGAUGUGCGCACGCUGGCCUGAUGAAGCAUUUAAAAAGGCCGUGCUGUUUCCGCUGCUCGAGAUUGAGCCACCUGAGCAUCCAUGUCUGCUGCUUGUAGACUCAGUCGACGAGUCACUCCUUGUCCAGGUGAACACCUCUGGUAUGACAGGCAAUGGCAGUCAUCGCCGCCAUCGCCGCCACCAUCACCACCAUGGGGGUGAACAGAGGCACUGCUCUUCCUCUGAGGGUGGCAGCCGCACAAUUGCCGAACUGCUGGCUGCCCACCAGCAGCUCUUCCCACAGUGGCUGUUGCUCGUCUGCUCAGCGCGUAGGCAGAGCAAGACCAUCACACGGAUGUUUACUGGCUUCAGAAAGAUCAGCCUGGAUGACCUUCGCAAGGCGUCUGUAGUGCGCGACAUGCAGCAGUACAUAUUGGCACGGCUGGAUGGUGAGGAAGCACUACGACAGCAGUUGGGUGCCCGUGACACGGCAGAGGCCCUUAACCAGCUGCACAUCAAGAGCAAUGGAUGCCUGCUGUACCUUGAGUGUCUGCUUGAUGGUGUUGCCCAGCGGUGGGUGACGCUGCGUGAGAUACGGCACAUUCCAGGUACCCUCAAUGGCCUCUACCUGUGGCUGUGUCAGCGCCUCUUCCAGCGGCGGCAGUUCUUGCGUGUUCAACCGGUUCUGCACGUGCUGCUGGCAGCUGCGCAGCCCCUGACAGCAGACGAGCUGUUUUUGUGCCUGUGGACCCGCAACCAGUUGCUGACGCGCGAUGAGUUCAGCCGACGGUUGACGCUGCUCUCACGGCUGCUCGUAGAGCGUGAGGAUGGCUGCUUGCUGCUCUUUCACCACAGCUUCGCUGAGUGGCUGCUUGAUGUGAAGCAUUGCACCCAGAAGUACUUGUGCCACGCGGCCGAAGGGCAUGCCAUGCUCGCCAUGAUGCAGACGCUACGAGGCCCGCAGCUGCCACCCACACAGGUGCAAGACCUGGCCCACCACUUGCUGCGGCUGCCAGCCUGCGAUACUGUUGAGCCUCACCACCUGCCCCUCUGGCUGCUCUACUCGGGUGUGCCACUGGAGUGGGCAUUCUGCCCUGCUGUCGGCAGCGUAGUCAUUCCGAGGGACCCAGCAGUGCUCAGACUGUUGUUGGAAGCGGGUGCCAGGCUUCCAACAGAUACAGCAUCUGCCAGCAUGGCGGGAUCAGAUGACGGAGGCUCACCUGUGCCCUCAAUGCCCUCCGACCCCUUGGAUGCCCUACUGUGUUCGGGUGCAUCGGUUGAUGAUGUGGAUGGAAACCAGCGGUCACUGUUGCAUACAGCUGCCUACGAAGGAGAUGCUGUGCUGGUGGAGCGACUUCUGGAGGCCAAGGCUUCUCUGGAAUUGGCUGACAGGAAUGGCCAGACGCCGCUCAACUUGGCUGCAAGACAAGGUCAUGCAGAUGUGGUACUUCUGCUUCUCAAGGCCAGUGCCAAUCCUGACCAUGCUGACAAUGAGGGCUGGACACCUUUACGGUCGUCGGCAUGGGCAGGACAUGGACAGGUUGUGGAAGCCCUGCUUGAAAAUGGAGCACAGGUGGACUUAGCAGAUGGCGAGCAGCGGACGGCACUGCGUGCUGCAUCAUGGGGAGGCCAUGAAGAAGUUGUUGCGCAGCUUCUGGAGAAAGGAGCUGAUGUGAAUCGUGUAGAUCGUGAGGGCCGCACAGCCCUCAUUGCUGCUGCUUACAUGGGCCAUGCCGAGAUUGUGGAGCGUCUGCUUGAUGCUGGAGCAGAGGCCAACCAUGCAGAUGGAGAUGGGCGCACAGCGUUGUCAGUGGCAGCACUGUGUGUGCGACCGUCUGAGGGCCACAUUGGUGUGGUGGCUCUGCUGCUGGAGAGGGGCGCCAACGUGGACCAUGCUGACAAUGAAGGAAUGACUCCUCUGUUAGUUGCAGCGUUCGAAGGUCAUCGGGAGGUCUGCGAGCUUCUCUUGGAUGCCGAGGCCGACUUGGACCAUGCUGACCACAGUGGCCGAACUCCACUAUUUGCUGCUGCGUCCAUGGGCCAUGCAGACGUGGUGGGCCUACUCCUCUUCUGGGGUGCCUAUGUGGACAGCAUUGAUGCUGAGGGACGAACAGUGCUCUCCAUUGCAGCUGCCCAAGGCAGUGUGGAAGUGGUGCAACAACUUCUCAACCGAGGACUCGAUGAACUGCACAGGGACAAUGCUGGCUGGACACCGCUGCACUAUGCUGCUCUGGAGGGUCAUGCAGAGGUUUGCACAUUGCUCAUGGAGGCUGGUGCACAGGCUUCGGAAACAGACAACGAGGGGCGCACACCGCUUAUCUUGGCGGCACAAGAAGGGCACACACAAGCUGUGCGUGCUAUGCUGGACUUGGGAGGCCACCCUCCAUCACUGGUGGACCACAGGGCUCACGAUGGCCGCACCGCCUUUCGGGUGGCCGCCCUCGAGGGCCACAAGGAAACUGUGCACACCCUGCUGAGUUACAAUGCAGACGUCAACUACCAGGAUGCAGAUGGCCGCUCGACACUGUAUGUGCUAGCCUUGGAGGGGCGGGUUGACAUGGCAGACUACAUUCUGGCACGGGGUGCUGACCCUGAGAUUGGUGAUCUUGAAGGCCGCACGCCACUGCACGUAGCUGCCUGGCAGGGCCAUAUUGACUUGGUUGAACUGCUGCUCAGCCGUGGAGCAGAGAUUGAUGCUGAGGAUGCCGACCAUCGCACACCCCUGCAGUCGGCCGCCUGGCAGGGACAGGCACACGUGGUCAGGCUCUUGCUGGAGCGAGGGGCUCAGGUUGACCACAUCUGUGUGGAAGGUGCCACAGCCCUGGGCAUUGCCUCUCAGGAAGGCCACGAAGCUGUCGUGCGUGCUUUACUUGAGCAUGGGGCUGACCCUUCCCACGCCGACCAGUGUGGCCGAUCUCCGCUGCGCGUUGCGACCAAGGCGGGGCACCUUAACGUGGUCCGAUUCCUUGAAGAAAGCCUGGCGUUGGGCCGCUCAGCUCAGGCCUUGGGCUCUGUUAGCACGUCAUCGCUUGCUUCUGCAGCUUCUACUGCACCAUGCGCUGCCCCACUCUUCUGCCCAGAGUCUCCAGAAUCAACGAGUGACAAACGUCGUUCGCUUGCAUCCACCCGCUCCGACUCGAAAUCAUCGAGCAAUCGGACCGACUCAACAGCUCGCUCCCAACACAAUGCUGGUGUCCCCACCUCAGCAGAGCCUGGUCCAACCAGCCUCAGCUUCACCCAGCAAAUCCAGCAAUGCACACGUUCGCGGCACCGUGCAAGCCGGGUUCUUUCACCCCUCAACAGCGAGGGUCGUUCGCCGUCCAGUCCUCCAAGCUGCAACUGGCCGCCGGCAGCUGUUGUGCCACCACGCCGGGGCCCGCUGCCAGACCUUCCCGUCAUGGCCGUGGAUGCACGGCCAAAGCGUAAUGGCAUUGUUACCAAUCCCAACUGUAAAGGAAACAAGCGCUCCACGUCCGAUCAGUUGCACAGCAAAGUGGCCAACUUCAGGGAAGGAGUGAAGGGGCCAGUGCUUCCUGUGAAGAAAGAGACACCCUUGUAACAGUUGACUUGCACAACGGUUGCAUUAUUCUUCUGCGCUGCCUCGCACACUUGCACGCACGUGCAAUGCAGUAGCUGCAGUACUGUGGUGGUGCGCAGUAUGAGAGUUUUAAAGCCACACUGCAGUCACUGUUUUGUCACGGUUAAGGGAUGCACAUCAACAGCACAGCCUGCAUGUGGUCCUUAUCUGCCAGUUGUGGCACCUGCUACAUUCAAGGGAGUGUGCGUCAGUGCAGGGCUCGGCGGUGCAAAGGGAGCAGCUGCUGUCAUGGCAGCUCUGUGUGCAGCCCACCAUAGUUGUUUUCCAUGGGAAUUCGCGCUCUGUGCCUUUAUUUGAAGAGUUUGUUUGCAUAGGUGCUUCUUCCUGGAACACCCAGAAUGUGCUUGUUUUGUGAUCAGUCUUUACACGCCUGUUCAUGAAAAAUGAGCACUUUGUUGCUUUGCAAAGGACUGCAUACUUUGUUUGCUGAACAGUGUGAAUAUCACUCCUUGUGCUAAUGACCUUUCCCUUUGAACAGAUAGUAUCAUUUUAAUAAAUGAAAUAUAGGUACAGGCUGUUCAGCUGCAGACUUUAAUGAUGUUCUCUGGACAAACAGGCAUGGUGGAUUGUUGAACAUCUUGUCAGAAAAGCACAAUUCCAUCACCCACGGCUUGCUGCAUCUCAAUUGUGAAGGGGCACAUACUUCAAUGAAGGGGAAAGAACUAUAUAGUUAAUGACCACACAUUGAUGCUGGGAAGGUUAUGCAAUGUGGGAUAAAAGGGCUACAAUGAAAAAUCAUUACGGAUGGCACUUUCACAGGUAUAUGAUAAGUAGCAUUUACAUUCUGGCUGAUUUUCUCAUCCAGAAAGGAAUGCAUUGACAGUGGAAUAUAAAGGUCUGUGCAUGGGUGAUGUUGAAAAAGGCAUGCUUUAAGUUGCAUGUUACUAUCUUAAGCAGGGUUGUACAUUAUUUUGUUGUUAUAUAGAUUUUGCAUAAAAGGCAUUUUACUUAUUGUAUCAUUAUUAUUUUCGUGAAAUGUUGAAAUGGAGCCUCGAUAGCGUCCCUUCUAAGGGUGUUUGUGGCUGCCAAAGCAAUUUUCAUGUACUGUGCACUUUCACACUGGCAUAACAACGGCAGACUUUAAGUGCUUGUCCCCAACAGCAACCGAGUCAGCGUAUUGCAUUACAAAAAUUUAUUACAGUGCAUGCGGAUUCAAUCUGAACAGUAGAUCUAGAUAGUUUGCUUGUCAGAGUGCUGUGGGGGUGUCAUAUAAUUUGACAGGGCUUUAUAAAGGGGGCAAAAAGUUACAGCGCUUACAAAAUAAUUACCAUGGCUAGUUUUUCAUGCAAGCUCUUACCUUUAUGAAAAACAGGCUCAUUAACAAAUCAUUCACGCACAUAUUUUCAUCAAAUCCAUUUACAAGCUCAGAUCACUUUAAAAUGUGCUAUCAAGGAUCUUGUAGAUUUGUAGAUCAUGUAGGCUUAUAUUACAGCCACAGAUUGUAUUGAUAGAUAAACCUUCAUCUGAACCACAUUUUAUUUGAUCUGUAUUAACUUACCCCGGCCUGUUCAUUUCUAUGUUGCCAUAGGUUGCCCUUUAUUACUUGGCUUACUACACUGGAUGAAUCAUUUGAAAGCAGCUGCUGACCAAGCAAUGCAAAACCUAGUCACAUUCACGAGGCCAUAGAGAGUGCACUGAAAACUAGUAGUGAGGGUGAACAUCUGGGCUUUCAUGCAAAGGUGUCUCCAACCCUUGUUGCAACAUCCAAAGGAGCAACGGAGUUUACUUGCUGCUAUGGCUUCUCGGCAAGCACUCUUCCUUGAACGUGUUUCUAAUGUUCCAACUAUGUUGAGGCACAUGUUUUAAAUGGCACUAAAAAUAAAUGGGUCAAAGCUAAGCUAAGCAAAGCCUAAAUGCAGCCUUAUUCACCUCAAAUGUAUCACCCAUAUGCUAUGCACGCAGGGAAGUUAACAAGCCCAGCAGGGCAGCUUGUACGCAACUUCUUUUAUUUUGCUUUCCAUGUUGAAUGCGUAGUCAUGGUCACACGAAACAUUUCUUAAGAGUAGUGUUUGUUGGCAUGGCACUGAUCAAUGACAAUUUAAACCCCUUCUGCAUUAUUGCACACUUUGGGAGCCAAUCUGCUCUGUGCAAGUGUCGUGGGGCAUUCCUUUCUAGGAACUGUGUACUCGGCACAUGGAAGUAGCUUUUCUUUUUCUUUUUACAAGGCACACAUUCAGUGUAAUGCUUUGAUGUCCAAAGAGCAGAAUUUGUUGGAAUCAUUGCGUUGCAGGUACUGUUUGACAUGUCUAGUCAGUCUCAGCUUGUCUCUCCUGUGUGGCCUCAUGCUGAUUGAGCCAACCAUGGAAACAUCUUUGUAUCUCAAUACAAUUGUACAGAACAAAGCAAUAGAAGUUGAUUGUUCGGACCAAAUACAGAUUGGGCAAUACAAGUUUGUUUGAUGCCAGAGGUCUUGCAAGUGACCAAUUUGGCUGCACUGCUUGUUUUAUAAAUGCAGUCAACCCACUUUGUGUUUCCCCAUGGUUAGUGCGACAAUCUCUGUGCUCUUGUGACACCACCAGUGAAAUGAGAUCAUGUCAGAACUCUGCCAAUUUCAAUUCGUGCUGGAAUUUCACACGACAUUCAUAGUUCCAACUGGCUUUACAACCUUGUGGUAGCAGUAAUUUCCUAAUAUAGUGGAAAAGUAUAGGCAACCCAAGGAAAAUGUCCAAAUAGUCUAAUAGGAGUAAACCUAGGUUUAUAAUACUUAUGGGAACUAAAGAGGCAUAACAUGUAAACAGUUUCGUGUAGACAGCCCUGUGAAAUCUGUGCACACUGCUUCAGCAAGAAGUCAUUGCUGUAUGACUGCCCUUGCACAUGAUACAAAAGGGCAUCUGCAAACUCAAUGUGAUAUUCAUAGCAUCUGAACAUCUUGAAAAUGAAGCACUGAGUGCAAAUUCACUGUGGAUGUAUCAGAGAGAAAUGGUUAUGAGCAAAAAAAGUGCUGGCAUGCUUGCUCCUGAAGCUUUGCGCUUUCAUUGUUGAAUGGUGAGCCUAUGCGCAAUUCAACAUGGGCUCUUGUGUAGCCUUAACUGAAGGUUACAAUACGUUGCUUGUGCAGCGGAUUUAGUUUUGACAAAUAAAAAUGCUUGUAAGAAAGUUA